AUGGACACUACAGCCGGUACUGAACUCCUGUGCACAAUUCAUAUAAAUACCCCUUCUGUACCAGAGACACAGCUGACAGCUGAGGUCGUCUACAAGGAUGCAACAAACCAGCACUGGGUGUUUGUCCCUGCUGAUCAGAUUGACGAGUUUCUGAAGGAGAAUGGCACCAAUUAA